AGGAUGAAAGCCCCUCUGGUGCAAGUGUGGUAGCUAUGGACAGCAAAAUCGAACAAGCUAUGGAUCUGGUGAAAAGCCAUUUGAUGUACGCAGUUACAGAGGAAGUGGAGGUUCUGAAAGAGCAAAUCAAAGAACGACUAGAGAAAAUUUCCCAGCUGGAGCAAGAAAACAAUCUGCUUAAGACACUGGCCAGUCAGACUGGCUCCCCUCCUGCUACCACGCAGCCACAGGGGACCACACAGCCCCCGGUCCAGCCAGCGUCCCAGGGCUCAGGACCAACCGCAUAGCCUCCUAUGCCCCGCAGAAUGCAGAACUGGCUGCUGCUGUCUGAACUGAACAGACCAAGAAGAUGUGCUAGGGAAAAUCUGC